AUGGAUCUCCCGCCUAUGAACUUAUGGGCAUUUUGGUCAUUUCUCUUUCUCUCUUCCUGUUUGUUCGGAUCUUCUGCUAACUUCUCCAACGAAACUGAUCGGCUUUCUUUACUGAAUUUCAAACAUCUGAUAACUGAAGAUCCUCUCAAUUCCUUGAGCUCAUGGAAUCAUACUCUCCACUUCUGUCACUGGCAAGGAGUCACAUGCGGUGGUCGCCUCCAUCCUCAAAGGGUCACCGCCUUGAACCUCACAGGCCAGAAAUUGGUGGGACCCAUAUCUCCCUUCAUACGGAACCUUACCUUCCUCAGGAGAAUCGAACUCGCGAAUAACAGCUUCAACGGGCGGAUUCCUGAAGAGAUGGGCCGUUUGUUCCGCUUGCAGUAUCUCAUGCUGACUAAUAACACAUUCACCGGAGAAAUUCCAGCAAAUCUCUCCCACUGUUCGGAACUUAAAUCCCUUUUUCUCUAUGGAAACCAUCUCACAGGGAGGAUUCCAACUGAACUUGGCUCUCUAUCGAAGCUCACCAAACUGGUCAUUCAUGUCAACAGUCUUACAGGAAGCAUCCCACCUUCACUUGGGAACCUUUCGUCUCUCAUUUGGCUUUAUCUCUCAUAUAACAGUCUGGAGGGCAGCAUUCCAGACGACCUUCGUCGGUUGGUGAGCUUAGAGGUGCUCGCUAUAGCUGUAAAUGAACUGUCGGGUACGAUUCCGCCUCAGCUAUACAAUCUCUCCUCUAUUAAUGUUUUGGACGUGAGAUGGAACAGAUUGCAUGGAAAUCUUCCACCUAACAUAGGCCUCACUCUUCCUAAUCUCCAAGGCCUCUGUGCUGCAGGAAACCAAUUCACUGGACCCAUACCAGUUUCAUUAUCCAAUGCUUCCGGACUUGCAGUUAUUAACCUUGCUAAAAAUAGUUUUAGCGGAUCUGUGCCUCUGAAUUUUGGAAGCCUCAAGGAUCUCUCUAGGUUACGUUUGUGGGGCAAUGAACUUGGAAUUGGAAAAGCUCAUGACUUGAGUUUUCUCAAUUCUUUGAUCAAUUGCAGCAGCUUACAAGUACUGGACGUGGGCUUUAACCGGUUCAGCGGUGCAUUGCCUGACUCAGUUGCUAAUCUUUCGACCCAACUGAGAGUACUAAUGUUAGACAAUAACAUGAUAUUCGGAAGCAUACCAUCUGGGAUUCAGAAUCUAAUCGGCUUAACAGUACUGGAUGUAGGGCAUAACUUUCUGACAGGUACAAUUCCCAUCAGUGUUGGGAUGCUUAACAAGGUGGAGAGACUCUACUUUAACAGAAACGAAUUAUCAGGGCAAAUUCCUUCUUCCUUGAGUAACAUCUCCCGAUUGUACAUACUCACCUUAUCUGGAAACAACCUAAUGGGGAGAAUCCCUUCAAGCCUUGGAAAUUGUGUAUAUAUGCAGUUGAUAUACCUCUAUAAUAAUAAUCUUAGCGGUACCUUACCCAAACAACUUUUCAACCUUACCUCUUUGAUCGAAUUCCAUGUUGAAAAUAACUCUUUUACUGGUAGUCUGCCACUGGAAGCUGGUUCCUUGAAUGCUCUUGGAAGAUUCAUUAUUUCUAAUAAUAAGUUAUCAGGCGAAAUUCCAAGCUCACUAGGCAAUUGUCUCAGCCUAGAGUAUCUCCAGUUGGAUGGGAACUUCUUUCUAGGAUCAAUUCCUCUAUCAUUUAGUAGUCUAAGAGGCCUUCGAUCCCUGGAUCUUUCACGCAAUAACUUGUCUGGAGAGAUUCCAAAAUAUCUAGAGAAGCUUAUUUUUCUGCAGUAUCUAAAUCUGUCUUUCAAUAAUUUCGAGGGUGAAUUACCAAAACAAGGGAUCUUCGGAAAUGCCAGUCAAGUUUCAGUACUCGGAAAUAGUAAGCUCUGUGGGGGUAUUCAAGAAUUACAAUUGCCUCCAUGCUCUAGCCAAGCUUCCAAGAAACAAGGGAUAAAGUCGAGAAAGAAGCCUUCUCCUUUGCCUUCUGCAGAGGAUCCUUUAGUGAAAGUGUCUUAUGCAGAGCUCUUUAAAGCAACAGAUGGGUUCUCUUCUGCCAAUUUGAUCGGGGCCGGCAGUUUUGCUACUGUAUAUAAAGGGAUUCUACAUCACUUUGGGACUAUGGUUGCAAUGAAAGUCUUCAACCUUCAACAGCAAGGAGCUCUAAGGAGCUUCAUGGCUGAAUGCGAAGCCUUGAGAAACAUUAGGCAUCGGAAUCUUGUUAAGAUUUUAACUUGUUGCUCAAGCAUUGAUUUUAAGGGCAAUGAUUUUAAAGCUCUAGUUUAUGAGUACAUGCCCAGUGGAAGUCUAGAGACGUGGUUGCACAAAGAUAGUCAUGAUCAGCUGACAAGGAGCUUGAAGUUUACUCAAAGGCUAAACAUUGCUAUAGAUGUGGCUUCUGCACUAGAUUAUCUGCAUAAUCAUUGCGAAACGUCAAUCAUUCAUCGCGAUUUAAAACCGAGCAACAUUCUUCUUGAUGAUGAUAUGAUUGCUCAUGUGAGUGAUUUUGGGCUAGCCAGGUUCUUAUCUGAAGUUGCUCAAACUAGUUCGCUUGGAAUGAAGGGAUCUAUUGGGUACAUUGCUCCAGGUAACAAUUUUAUCUAUUUCCUUAUAUACACACACACCAGUACCCCGGACUCCCAGUCUAUUUGCUUGUUGGAGACUGGACCUGUGACCAAACUAGGGGUCAGCGUGGUGUGUAUGUAAAAUCCACUAGUCAGGUUUAAUUUUCUAUUCUAAUCUUCCAAAAAUUUCCCAUACUGUAUAGGUCUGGUAUAAUGGAACUUCUUACUGUAUAGGUAUGGUAUUUUUAUAGUGGGUCCCAGCUGUUGAUUGGUUUAGGUUUUUAUAUGCUCCACAUAUGACUGAGGCCUGUUCCUUACGUGGGCUCUAGCAAGUGUGUUGCCUUGGCCUAAUCGUUAUGCCCACCCUUGAUUUUUAUCGGGGCCCACUUGAGUUGCAAAACAGAGUCAU